UGACGAUGGAGUGAUGGGAGAGGGAUGGGAGGUGGAAAAUGGAGGAUGCAGAAAUGAUGAAGCUAGAAAGAUGACAAUGGAUUUGUAUACAUUUGUGCGUGGGGCGCGACAGAGCGUGAAGAUGACCAACCCCUUGGCGUCUUAUGACCAGCUGGCCCACCAGGUAGAGGCAUUGCGCAAAGAGAACUCCCACCUGAGGAGGGAGCUAGAGGACAACUCCAACCAUCUUUCCAAGCUGGAGACGGAGACUUUUGGCAUGAAGGAAGUGCUCAAGCAGCUGCAGUGUAAACUGGAGCAGGAAGCGGGAACUUUGGCGUCGUCAGGCCGCAGUGACGUGCUGCACCAACUCAAAGAGCUGCACAUGGACCUGACCAAUUACUACGAGCUGAAGCAUCAAGCUCAUCAAGCUCAUCAAGCUCACAACUUCCGGCUGCUGGCAGACAGUCUGGGAGGGGCGGGGCCAACUGCGGCGGAGCCAGAAGAUCACCUGGCUCUCCCUCCGCCCUCCUGCCCCUCCUCGACCUUGUCUGUGACGGCAAGCCGGGUGAAAGCCUCUUGCCGCAGUGGGGAUGUUUCUGCCAUCAUGUUGCCGCACCACUUCCUGGACGGAGCCCCACCCAAAACAGCAGUCAUCAGCGGGGCAGACGGACGGCUCAGUGAUCAUCACGUGGAGGAACUGUACAAGGAGAGGAACCAGCUUUUGGGAGAAAUUGACCGUGAAGAGCGGGAGCGCUGCUGGUACUUCAGCCAGCUGGAGGCGCUGUCGCAGAAACUAGCACACUUGCCUCGCAUCGACACGUUUUCUCUGCAGAUGGAUCUGAUCCGCCAGCAGCUGGAGUUUGAGGUCCAGCAAGUGCGCUCAGUCAUGGAGGAACGCUUUGGAACCAGUGAGGAGAUGAUCCAGCGCACUCAGGUGCGUGUUGCUCGUCUGGAGCAGCUGGAGAAAGAACUGCAGGAGACCCGAGGGAGUCAGGAGAGCCAACUACAGCUGUCGGGUGCAGAGAGGCCCCCUGCUGGAGAAGCAGAUAACAGCACUUCGGCAGGAACAGAAGGGGCAACAGACGGAGCCAGCAAGGUGGAGAUGGUGUUCUGGCUGCUGUCCAUGUUGGCCAACAGAGACAAGGAGGAAAUGUCUCGAACUCUCCUGGCCCUUUCCAGCUCUCAGGACAGCUGCGUUGCCAUGAGGAAAUCUGGCUGCGUCCCCCUACUGGUCCAGAUCCUUCAUGAGGCUCCAGGCGGUGGUGGUGGAACAGGGGAGGCAGCUGCUGGUGGCCCAACACCGUGCUGCAGCCGUGAGGCCAAGUCCUGGGCUAGCGCCGCCCUGCACAACAUCAUCUACUCCCAGCAGGAUGAGGGCCAGGCCCGCCGGGAGAUGAGGGUUUUGCACAUGCUGGAGCAAAUCCGAACUUACUGUGACAGCGGCUGGGAUUGGAUCGAGAACCACACCGAGGCUUUACCUGGCCAAACCAGAAUCACAGAUAUUCCCGAACCCGUAGACCCUCAGAUCUGUCAGGCCAUAUGUGCCAUCAUGAAGCUUUCCUUUGAAGAAGAGUUCCGUCGAGCAAUGAAUGAACUAGGUGGACUGCAGGUGGUGGCGGAUCUGAUCCACCUAGACCAAGAAAUGUACGGUAUGCAGAAUGACCCCAUCAACAUGGCGCUGCGGCGCUACGCGGGCAUGGCUUUGACAAAUCUCACCUUUGGGGACGUGGUCAACAAGGCCACUCUGUGCUCCAAGAAGAGUUGCCUCCAGGCUCUGGUGUCCCAAUUGGGCUCAGACAACGAGGAGCUCCACCAGGUGGUCUCCAGCAUCCUUAGGAACCUAUCUUGGCGGGCCGACAUCAGCAGCAAGCGGGUUUUGCGAGACAUUGGUUGCGUAUCCGCUCUGAUGGCGUGCGCCCUGCAGGCCACCAAGGAGUCUACCUUGAAGAGUCUGCUGAGUGCUCUGUGGAAUCUGUCGGCUCACAGCAUGAACAACAAGGAGGCGGUGUGUGCGGUGGACGGUGCGCUGGGCUUCUUGGUCAGCACACUGACAUACCGCUGUCAGACCAACUCUCUUGCCAUCAUCGAAAGCGGAGGCGGGAUACUGCGAAACGUGUCGAGUCUGGUGGCCGCACGAGAAGAUUAUAGGCAAGUCCUACGGGAUCACAACUGCCUCCAGACUCUACUGCAGCAUCUCCGCUCACAUAGCCUGACCAUCGUCAGCAAUGCUUGUGGAACACUUUGGAACCUCUCUGCCAGAAGUCCCAAAGAUCAGGAACUGCUGUGGAACCUGGGUGCAGUUAGCAUGCUGCGCAACCUCAUCCACUCCAAACAUAAAAUGAUCGCCAUGGGCAGUGCCGCAGCUUUGAGGAACCUCCUGACCAAUCGACCCCCCAAGUACAAGGAUGCUUCUGUGCUCUCCCCGGGCUCGUGCGUGCCCUCACUGUACAUGAGGAAGCAGAGGGCCCUUGAGGCAGAGCUGGAUGCCAAACACCUCACUGAGACCUUUGACACCCUGGACAAACAGAAUCCCAAGCAUUUGAGCUUCAACAAGCAGCUGCGCCACAUUGAAAGUUUGGCCAAGGAUUAUGCGUCCGAUUCCGGUUGCUUUGAUGACGAAGAAGCCCCCAUCGUCUCCAGUAGUCUGGACACUGGAAGUUUCUCCAUGUUGUCCAUGUACCUCACCAACUCCAACUUUAUACAAAGCCGUAAGCAGGACAAUGAACCUGAGAGGGACGUGGACCCGCCUCAGAUGGACAGGAGACAGGGUGCAUCUGAUGAUGCUGUGUCUGCUGCUGCUGAGAAGCUAGCCAAGAAGAUCACCAACACAGUUGCUAAAAUUGACAGAUUAGUGGACGACAUAACCAUGCACACAUCCUCCGAGGACAGUUUUAGUCUCAGCUCUGAAGAUCACUUGGCAGAUUGGCCUUACAGAUUGGACGAGCUAAAUGAAGCUCGUGCUAAGUCUUGUUCCCCCUGCCGUCUCUCAGAUACUAGCAGCUUGGCCCAAAGAGAGCGCCUCAGCAGGGCACAUGCUUUACUGCGACUCAAAAGCACUCAUACAAGUGUAUCCACAGACAGCCUAAACAGCGGCAGCACCAGUGAUGGCUACUGUGGCAGCAAAGACCAAGUCCGACCGGCCCCAAAAACUCUCAUCCUCCAACAACGACCAAACCAACUCGAUCUGAAGGUGGCUCAUCGAGAAUUCCUCAACACGCAACCUGCCAUCUUGAGUGAGACGUCCCAGCAAGAUAUUCCAGAGAGAGAUUCUGUGGAUAAUAAAGAAAUUGCUUUAGAGCUCAUGAACAAAGAUACAGAAAAGAACCAGGAUCCCCCAGUGCAAACACCUGUGAGUGUGUCCACUAAAGUCUCAUCUGACGUCAGCAUGACCUCCAUAAAACUCUCUCCUUCAUAUCAACAGGUCCCUCUUAUUCAGAGUGUAGCUAAAUUUGGCGUAGCAAAGACUGCAAUUAACGUUCAGGCAGCUGAAGCCAUGAGGAGACAAGCCUGGGUGCCCACUGUGAUGACUGGGGGCAGCAUGACCAAAUUUUCUCCAAUGGCAUCUAGUAGAAGUCCAACCAUUGGGACCAUGGAGACAGUCCAGAAAUACUCGGUGGAGAACACGCCAAUAUGCUUCUCUCGAUGCAGCUCCUUGUCCUCCCUGUCUUCUGGGGAUGGAGCGCUAGAUGGACAAAGUGACAAUGAAUUGGAAAGUGACUCCUCACUUGAAAUCAUUGAAGUUGAAGAUGGAGAAAACUUAAAGAGGGCUGAAGAGGAUGAAACCUUGGAGGAUCUGAGUGACAGCCAGUUGCUCUUGACUGACUCAAAAACCUUCCCCAGCAAAGAGACCGAUCCCAUUGGGAUUCAGUGUCCCGUCAAAAGGGAAAAGGUAUUCCUCAGGGGCUCUUCACCAGCACUAUUAGAAGACAGAUCACCUUCUAGUUCUUCUGAGAACUACAUCCAUGAGACGCCGCUGGUCAUGAGUCGUUGCAGUUCAGUCAGUUCAUUGGGCAGUUUUGAGUCUCCGUCCAUAGCCAGCUCAAUUCAAAGUGAUCCCUGCAGUGAGAUGAUCGAUGGAACCAUCAGCCCGAGCGAUCUUCCGGACAGCCCCGGCCAAACCAUGCCUCCCAGUCGAAGCAAGACUCCGUGUUGCGGUGAAACCAAUGGAGCAGAAGUUCAGACAGCAGGAUUGGCGGGUCAGUGGGAAAACAGUCUGCGGAAGUUAAUGGAGGUCACCGACUCCAAGGACAGGUUUAACCUUCCCCCUGACUUGGACACAAUGAUCUACUUCACUGUGGAAAAGCCCACAGAGAAUUUCUCUUGUGCAUCCAGUUUGAGUGCUUUGCCGCUUCAUGAGCACUACAUCCAGAAAGAUGUGGAGCUCAAACUGACCCCCCUGCUCCAACAAAGUGACAGCAACCUAGAUCUACACGAUAACGAUGAGCAGGGGCUGGACAAUGGAGAGAGAUACAGUGAAGGCAACUCUGAUGACGACAUAGAGAUUCUAAAGGAAUGUAUCAACUCAGCAAUGCCAUCAAAAUUCAGGAAGGUUAGACCUUCACUGAUGACCAACAUUCCUCCUCAUUUUCUCACUUCACAGAAAGCAUUACAUCUUCCUGUGUACAUGAUGCUCCCAAAUGGGAAAACCCAGUUGUGUCCUGGGAGGAGGAUUGUGAUCCCACAGAAGGACAUCAAGUUUGAUGAUUCAUCCAUCACCGAUUCCGUUGAAGGUACACCAGCCAACUUCUCCAGCACAACUUCACUGAGUGACGAAACCCUUCAGUACUCGGUAAAAGACUGCAGGGCAAAGCCCCUUUCCAAGCACGGAAUACUUGACGAGGAGGCAAAGAGGAUUGAAGACUUGAGGAUAUUCUCCCACUUCCACAAACCAAACAAGGUGGGUUACCAGCCUGUGAUUCCAACAGGCCGCUCAACGAAACAUGUCAUUCCCACCCACAAGGUGCUGAUGCAGAGCAAAGAAGUGGCCGACAGAGUCGCCAGCCAGAGAAAUCGCGAUCACUCGCCAAGUCAUCAGAAGAAAAUGAAAUGUCAGGGCUCCCCGGGGAAGCUGGAACUACCUGUUAUAAAACAGAACUCGGAAUGUAGCGCCAAUCAGGAAGGGCAAAAGCGAAAUGGAGGACACGAGGAAGAAGACUGCAAACACAUGAGCAGAACCCGGAUCAGGGAAGGCGGUAGAAAUUCUCUCUCUCGAAGCAUGACCAACAUCGGUCGGGUGGGUGUUUCCCAAGCAAAGUCAAGAGGAUUUCACCGACUAAAACAAAACCUGAUUAAGGAUGAAUCGCCUGCAUGCUACUCACUGAGCUCAUCACUGAGUUCACUCAGCGAUGCGGAAUUUGAGGACCAUAAAUCUCACCAGGUAUGGUACAAAAACAGGCACAACAAAAGCCUUAACAUGUUGCAAGCCAAACCCUUGAGCAUCCACAGCCAGUUUGACGAGCCAAGUUCUCCAAGUUCUGUCAGCAUGGAUUCAGAGGACGACCUCCUUCAGAAAUGCAUCACAUCCGCCAUGCCCAAACAGAGACGAAAGAUGACCGCUAGGAAGAAGAAAGCAGAGAACAACCCAAAACAAGUGCAGAAGGCUUCUGAAUGCUGGAACAUGGACGAGGACAGUGAUGACAUGGCGUGGGACAAAGACUCAGACCUCAACAGUGUGGAAUGGAGAGCCAUUCAAGAAGGCGCUAAUUCUGUUGUGACGGGACUUCAAGCUUCCAAGUCUCAGGAGCUCUCUUCUGAAGAAACCGAAUCAGUCAUGUCGUUCAUGUCAACAUCCAGCUUCACGCCCAAAGAAAAAAAGUUUGCUAAAGAUAAAAAGGCUAACAAACCUCUGGACUUUGCGCAGCGGAAGCCAGUCCCAAACUUGCCAGUGGUAUUCAGGGGCAGAACAGUGAUUUACACUCCGAAAAAAGAGACGGCUCCAUCGCAGAGACCGCCACCCAGGAAAGCAGUGACUAAGGCGGAUGCUCCAAAGAACCCCGAACUUGCUCAGCACAGAUCGAAGAGCCUUCACCGAUUAGGAAAACCCCAGGACACUGAACUGUCUUUGCCAAAGAGGAGCUCGACUCCGCCUCCAAGGAUACCAAAAAGUUCUUCCUCUGGUUCAUCACAAAGUUCUACACCAUCUAAACAGUCACAGAAGAAGCAGAUAUCGCCAACCCAGACAACAAACAGGUCAAUUCAGAAAAAGAAUGGCACACCCGCAAGUAGCCCCCCAGCUAACAGCCCCCCUGAAAGAAAGGGGCGCUCUCCUGUUGUCAGCCAAGUUGACAAAUCACCACCCCCUAAAACACAGAAGUCACCGGUUAGAAUCCCUUUUAUGCAAAAUUCUGUGAGGCAGGCAAGACCUCUUUCACCUCUGGUAACCAACCAGGUGACCAGCAGACAAAACCAAGUCAGCGGGAAAAGAAUCAUUCCCGCGAAUCGAUUUGACCUGGUCAGGAUGAGUUCAGUUCAUUCAAGUGGUGGUGAGUUGGACUCGAAUGGAUUCUUGAGACAGCUGACCUUCAUCAAGGAAUCUAAGAAUGGACUAAAACGUGACACUCCACGCAACAUGUCCCGAGGCCAGAAUGGUUCCCCUCAACGUGGAGUUCCAGGGCCCUCAGCAGUCUUUCUUUGCUCAUCCCGCUGUCAGGAGCUUAAGGCAGCUGCCCAGUUUCAGCGAAAAGCCACAGGAAAGGGCGCUGGACAAGCACAGCAAGUCCAGAGACCGCAGCCGGGACCUCAGAAGCAGCCCACAAAUAUCUCUAGGGCAACCUCCAGUGAGCGAGACCUAUCUGAAAGACGUCCAGCCAGGAGAACCAGCUCAGAAAGCCCCUGCAGGGUAGCCCAACGGAACGGGCCGCCCAGAAUUUGGGGAGCGAGACAGAAGCAGGACAAAGAAACAUUUAAGCGUCAUUCCUCAUCUCCAAGCAUUAACAUCCUUAGUCGAGUGACCAGCCGUUCUUCCCUCCGAUCGUCAUCUUCCGAUUCAAGCGGCAGAGCGAAAAGCGAAGAUGAUACAAAGAAGAAAGGGCAGAGAUCUCUCCUUAAUGAUAGGGUCACCUGGAGGAGGAUCAGGGAUGAAGAUGUCCCUCACAUCCUGAAAAGCACUCUGCCAGCCAACGCGCUACCCCUGGUGCCUUCACCACAAGGGGACAAGCCAAAAGCAGCGGCUCUUCCAGGGAAACUGCCAACCAUACUUUUGGCAUCACGCAGUAUGAGCGAUGCAACGGUUCAGACUGAAGAUAUCUCAAAUAACAAAAUCAACUCUAGCACCUCUCCGACGGGGGAAUCUGCUCCCAUAAUACCAGAGGAUGUGGCCCGACGAACACUCCACAGACAUGUCCAAGAUGGAGAAUCUGAUGGCACCCUGAAGAGUCACAGCAUCGCCUCCACUGGAAAAUCAGAUGGGCAUGUUGGAGGACCCGUCCAUUUCCGUCAAGGAUGCCCAAGCAAGGCAGCCAGGGUUACUCCAUUCAACUAUACACCUAGCCCCACAGCGGCCCUGCAAGACGCUCAGGGCCAAGCGACUAACCAGACCACCCAUAAGUCUGAAGUGGACGUUUGAGGAAAGACAUUAGAAGAAACUGUCAUGGGCUAGUGUUUUCCUUGGGUUCUGAUUUUUCUCUCCAGUCGGCUGCAUCCAGGCUUGAACACCACCAAAGCUUCCAUCUACUCUACCUGACGUCUUAGGCUUAGUGUCCGUGGGGGUUCAGGCUGGCCAGGGUAACGGGAAGUGAUACCUUUUUGUACUAGUUUUUAUAUUUGUAGAAUACUCAUUGCCUGCUAGAAAUGUAGUCAACAUACAAAUCACAUGAACAGUAUGCAAACUUUUGAAGUGGGUGAGGCCAACUGUGUGUGAGACUCUCACCACAAACUAAGUCAGAUGACAUGUCAAGUGUGUUGGACAAUUUGCUUACACCGACAUGCUCGUUUAGUUCAUUGUCGAUUGGCUUCUUUUAUGCAGUGUUAGCAACAUUGUGUUUGAUCUGAAGCAUCCAGUGAACACUGAUGAGUUAUUGACCGUGGUUCAUUAUAGCAGCCUUGCUGGUAAUCCUCUCAUCAAAUUUGUAAAUAAUAAUGCAGUAUUAAAAAACAGCAUGCUGAUGCAUUUGCUGACAUAAGUCUAACCUAGCCGUGGGUCUGUCCUGUACAUUAAGAGGGCAUGACCCUGAAGUCCUUUAAUGUAUUCCUAUCUGCUUCAGUGUGUUUCCGUCAAAGUAGAACCGCCAUGAAUAUUCUCUGUAGUCGUACCAUCACUCACCAAAUGGAGGAUCAUUGCUCCUUGUGCAUGUUUCACAACCAGAACCGGUGGAGGUCCAAUAAAGCCACCACAAGGUCAAGAACAGCUCAGUCAAAUGUCUUCCUUUUUUUCUUCAUUAAUAAAAUCUGGUUAAAGAUG